AUGGUGUUUUCUCUUUCGUUGGGUGCUCUCGCAGCAUUGGUCGGCGCUGCUACAGCACAGGUAGUCAACCCUACGAUUGCACAAAUCAAUGGCAACAAGUUCUUGUCCCCUCUUAACGGACAGAAUGUCACUGGUGUUCGCGGUCUAGUAACCGCCAAAGGUCCGAAUGGAUUCUUCCUCCGUAGCCAGAGCCCAGAUCGCGAUGCCAGCACUUCCGAGUCGAUCUAUGUCUUCGGCAGGACUGUACUCGACAAUGUCACAGUUGGCAACGUCAUCACUCUUAACGGACGAGUAACAGAAUACCGACCAACUACGGCAGCAGGCAGCAACUAUCUCUUCUUGACGGAAAUCGACCGACCCUCCAACAUCACCACCAUCUCUACUGGAAACCCCGUUGUACCGAUUGUCAUCGGACAGAGAGGCCUCAACCCACCCACCGAGCAAUACAGCGUCCUUGACAAUGGCGACGUCUUUGCAGUCCCCAACAAUCAGAGCCGAGUGUCAGUCAGGAACCCCACGUUGGACCCGAGACUGUAUGGGCUCGACUUUUGGGAGUCUCUGACUGGAGAGCUGGUCACUGUUCGUCGCCCACGUGCCGUUGCAAGGCCAAACUCCUUUGGCGAUACUUGGGUAGUUGGAGACUGGAGCACUACUGGAGAUAACAGCCGAGGUGGUCUCACUCUUAGAGAUCGUGAUGCGAACCCGGAGGCGAUCCUCAUCGGGAGCCCGCUUGAUGGAACCAGCAACCCGAAUGUGACCACGAAGCUCGGUGACUCUCUUGAGGAGAUCACUGGGGUCGUGUUUCAGGACUUUGGCUUCUACAGAAUCCUCCCCACUACUGCGAUCAAAGUGACACGAUCAAAAAGCCCGGCUCUGCCGCCAGCCACCAGACUGCGCUCCAAUGGACGGUGCAGCGGCAUAACCGUUGGGCAGUACAACAUCGAGAACUACUACUCUGGCUCUCCUGCCGAUCAGAUCUCGAGCAUUGGCGAUCACAUCGCUAACUUCCUUCGCUCGCCUGAUCUCAUCAUGGUUCAGGAAGUCCAAGACGACAAUGGGCCUACCAACGACGCAAUUGUCGAUGCCAAUGUCAGCUUGUCGACUCUUCGUGACUCCAUCACCGCAGCUGGCUCGGCAGUGAACUACUCCUUCGUGGACAUUGAUCCAGUCGAUGACCAAGACGGUGGUCAGCCUGGUGGCAACAUCCGCACGGCAUAUCUUUACAACCCCAACGUCAUUCAGUUGCGAAAGCCAAACCCAGGAUCUCCCACUGAUGCCAAUGAAGUCCUGCCAGGCCCAUCACUCAAGUUCAACCCAGGCCGUAUUGACCCAGCAAAUGCAGCUUGGGGCUCCAGCAGAAAGCCGUUGGCCGCUCAGUGGGAGACAAAAGAUGGACAGCACACAUUCUUCACCAUCAACGUGCACUGGACUUCCAAAGGUGGCAGCACUUCUCUGCAUGGCGACCCACGUCCUCCGGUCAACCAGGGCGUAGACACUCGCGAGCAGCAGGCCAACAUCACAGGCUCGUUUGUGAAACAGAUUUUGAACCUCGACCGAAAUGCUGCUGUAGUCCUGGGUGGUGACUACAAUGAGUUCCAGUAUGUGCAGCCAUUGAAGACCUUGGCAGCAGUGUCUGGACUUAGAAGCUUUGACGAUGUUGCUGGCAUUCGCGAUGUUGAGCAGUACACCUACUUGUUUGACAUGAACUCCCAGGAGCUCGAUCACUUCUAUGUGAGCCCAAGGUUGAACAGGGCUCGUGCUGAUUAUGAACACAUCCAUGUCAAUACCUGGGUGACGACUGAUGAGCAGGCUUCGGAUCACGAUCCAAGUGUUGCGAGGUUCAAUUUCUGCAAGUGA